AUGAGCGCGGGCACGCGGCGGGCGCGCGCGGGGGCGGGCGCGGGGCUACGGGCGGGCGACUCCACGCCCGGCUCUGACGCCGGCGAGAUCACGCGCCUCUUCCCCAAGUGCCGCCCCAGGAACAGCCAGCACCAGCACGAUAGGCUAAGUGUAGGAGUGGGCGUGGGCGUGGAGGGCCGCGAAAUGAACGCUGUCAACAACGCGUCCUCGGAUGAGGAGCGCGCCGCAGAUGGCCAGCUCGUCAUACUCAAUUCUAAGGGAGGCGCGUACAAGUUGAGAGACUCCAGAAUAAUCGAGAUAGCUGGCGGUCGCGAAGUAUACUCGCAGAGCCGAACGAAGGCAGCGCGGAAGCUGCGUCAUAGCGCCACGCACAAGCACAAUCUGCGCAAUAAGCGCGCGCCUCACAACAUUAACGACGACUACACAGACACUCUUAACAAUGAGAUAUCUCUACACAGAAUUAUUAAUGAGCCGAAAAAAAUGAUAUCUCGUCACACUUCCCCGACGUACACGAACGGAGAUAGAGAAGGUAUCAUAGACAGCAAGACGAUGGGCAUUCCUAAGAACAGCUCGCCCAUACUGGACCCGCACAAGACCACCGAUGUCAGUGCAAAGAGCAGCCCCAUUGCUGUUGUAGCGGACGGAGAGGUCAUGGUCUUUGAUGAUAAUGACGACUGGAAAGUGAUAUUGAAUUCUGUGUCCCUAGGUUUGAGGAUGGACCCGGACGUUAGUGACAAUGAUAUAGAUACGAGUGUUAAGCGAACUUUAGACUGUAUGAAGAACGGUGACGGUGAUGUGAACAAUAAGAGUGAACUGAGUGAGGGGAGUGAGUCGUCGCCCUCGGGCAGCCCGGGCACCUGGCUGUCGGGGGACGAGGGCGGCAGGGAGGGGAGGGUGACGCGGGUCAUAGGGGAGCUCCCCAUCGCGGAGUACGAGGGUUCCCCCCGCAGGUACGGGGUCGGCAGCCAGAAGACUAGCAACAGAUCACCGAGACCUGGCUUCCCACAGAGGGUGGUGACGGAGAGCCGCGGGGAGUCUCCGCCUGUCACCUCAGCGUUCGACUAUCUGUACGAAUUCUCGGAGACGCGCAAAGUGCUGGAGGAGUUCUUCCGCUGUCCGGCCGCGCCCGGACACACGCAGCUCGCCGCCAACGAUGAUAUCGUCAACUUCCAGGACUUGGAGUACGAGCUGCGGCGACAGACGCAGGAAUGUCCUUCAGAGAAUGGUGUGGAGGAGGGCAGCGAGGCGGAGUGGCCGCAGCCUGAUGCGCUCGACUCGCUGGACUCGCCCCACGCGCCGCACAACCACACCAACUUCCUCGGCCUACAGCAACAAACAUCACGAUACGCGGCGCCGGAUGUGUCAGCGCUGAGAGCCGGUCCUCUUGACAGCGGUUCCACGUCCCCCGCGCCGAGGACCUCCAUACGAGACUUGCGUGACUUGCGUGACAUGCGUGACACACGUGACAUGCGUGACACUCGUGACGUACGCGACUCGCGUGACACAAGAGACUCGCGUGACUUGCGAGACUUGCUGGAGGUUCGCGACCACGGGUCUCGCGAACGACUCCCCUUCGUCAUGUCGUCGGCCGCCAGCGACUCGGCCAGCGAUCUCUCACUUGCCAUCAUGGAGAGUGAACUCUCCGAAAUGAAAGUGCAACUAGACUCUAACCGUGUAGUGGUGACACACCUGCCGGUGGUGGAGGACGGUCUCUCCUCCGGCCACGCCUCCGACACUGACAAUAAUAAUCAGAAUUCUUCGGUAAUAAUUGAAGAAAUAGUGGAGAACGGAACAAAUUCUGAUCCGCUCAUACUGUCCGAUGCCGACCUACACUCACUGGAUCCUCUAGCGUGUUCUGGUCCCCCGCCGCCUGCGCCCGCGCCGCAUCGCCCGCCAGCAGAACACGCAGCGCUGCCCGCGCACGCGCCUCACGUGCCUCAUGUGCCUCACGUGACCCACGCGCCUCACGUGCCUCACGCGCCUCAUGUGCCUCACGCAGCGCACGGCACGCACACGCCGCACAUACACGCCGCACACGACGACGUAUAUCCACGUAAGAGGCCGUCAUCAGCACAGAGCACGGAGUCAGUUGAGAUAAAGCAGGCAAGCGGUGACGAAGAUGAGGCCGACACGGACCUGGAGACGGACAGGCUGCUGGGCCAGCAGAGGACAGAUGACCAGGGAUUCUUUGAUGAUAAAGGGUGGCGCAAACCCAAGUCCCGCACGGUGAUGCCUGCGGGUGGGGGUGGGGGCGGGGGCGGGGCUGGGGGCGUGGCCGUGGGCGGGGCGGGUGCGGGCGGUGCGGGGGGCGGGCGCUCGCCGCGCUCGCUGGCCUCGCACGAUGCCGCUAAUGAAGACGCGCUGCACGCCGUCAAGGAUAAAGAUGGCAAGAAGAAAACAAAAAAUAAAGAAGACCCGUCAGUGCUGAUCGAGGGCGUGCUGUUCCGUGCUCGGUACCUGGGCUCCACGCAGCUGGCGUGCGAGGGUCAGCCCACCAAAGCCACCAGGAUGCUGCAGGCAGAGGAGGCCGUCUCCAGGAUCAAGUGGGGCUGCGAGGGGCCGUACUCGGGAGUGUACGCGGCGCCCGCGGCCGUCUUCCGCCUCGCAUUCCUCGGCUCCGUCGAGGUGGACGAGGACUCGCGCCGCAGGAAGAAGAGGCCCAAAAAGAACAUGGUGGAAGAGGCCGUCACCAAGAUCAAGGCUUUGGCCCCGGAAGGUGAAAACCAACCGAGUACAGAAGUGGACCUUUUUAUAUCAACGGAAAAGAUAAUGGUUCUGAACACGGAACUGAAGGAGAUAAUGAUGGACCAUGCGCUGCGGACCAUCUCCUACAUAGCUGAUAUAGGCGACCUCGUCGUCCUCAUGGCCAGGAGGAGGUUCGUCCCACACGAGAACGAUUCCGAUCAGCCAAAACUGAACCGUACUCCAAAGAUGAUAUGUCACGUUUUCGAAAGUGAAGAGGCGCAAUUUAUUGCACAAUCGAUCGGGCAAGCGUUCCAAGUCGCGUACAUGGAGUUCCUCAAAGCCAACGGUAUCGAGGAUCACAGCUUCGUAAAGGAAAUGGACUACCAGGAGGUGCUGAACAGCCAGGAGAUCUUCGGUGACGAGCUGCAAAUGUUCGCCAAGAAGGAGCUGCAGAAGGAGGUGGUGGUGCCAAAGGCCAAAGGGGAGAUCUUGGGGGUGGUCGUGGUGGAGUCCGGCUGGGGCUCCAUGCUGCCCACAGUGGUGAUCGCCAACCUAGCGCCAGCUGGGGCGGCGGCGAGAUGCGGACAACUUAACAUAGGAGAUCAAAUAAUAGCAAUAAAUGGAGUGAGCCUGGUGGGACUGCCGCUGUCGACAUGUCAAACUUACAUAAAGAACUCCAAGAACCAGACCGUGGUGAAACUGACGGUGGUGCCGUGCGCGCCCGUCGUGGAGGUCAAGAUAAAGCGGCCGGACACCAAGUACCAGCUCGGAUUCAGCGUGCAGAAUGGGGUGAUUUGUAGUUUGCUGCGCGGCGGUAUAGCGGAGCGUGGCGGCGUUCGCGUGGGCCAUCGCAUCAUAGAGAUCAACGCGCAAAGUGUGGUGGCUGUGCCGCACGAGCGCAUCGUCAAUCUACUUGCAACCUCAGUGGGCGAGAUAUUAAUGAAGACGAUGCCGACGUCGAUGUUCCGGCUGCUGACCGGGCAGGAGAACCCCGUGUUCAUAUAAGUGCGCGUUCGCCGCCGAUACAAAGUGCCUGCUUAUCUCACGCGCCCCGCCCUCUGCCCUCCGCCCGCUCGCCACACCCACCCGCGCAGCGCCACGCCCCUCGACAGCUGGGUCACGCCCACCUACAUAGCACAUGGGAAUAGGACGUACUGGUAGCAAAAAAAUCUAAAUCCACUAUUUUUAUUACCAUUUAUCAAUAAAAAUACUUUUUUGUUGAUUUUAAUAUAAAAGUUAUACGAAUUGGCAAUAACUUAAGACUCAAUAUAAUGACGUCGCUGUAGGUAUUUAUUACAAUGAUUGAUCUAUGAUCAUUAUAACCUACAAUUCAAGAAUUUCUCUUAUUCAGUACGAUUUGUGAAUCUGAGAAAUAUGUAACCAGAAGUUUAGAAAUUAAAAGAUCCAAAUCCUCAACUGUAAUUUAAAUAUACGAAACAUUAAAAAAAAUCCCGCCUUGAUUCACCUAGACUUCGAUAAAAUGUCUAUGGUAAAAGGAGCAUUAUUUUUCUAUUGUAUAUUCCACUGCUGACAUUUUUAUACCUAUAAGAGAUAUUGGCUCGGCUGUCGAUACAUACUCUAUGACACGACCACGGGAACUAAAGUCCAGAUAUGCUUACAAUGCUUAUUUGGCUAAAUUAAGUUAGUUAUAAGUUGUAUAUCGCCAUUGGUCAAGUGUUUGUACUUGCUAUGUUAGACUUAUGUCUAUCUAAUUUGAACUACAUUGAUAAAUAGAAAGGUAAUUCAACCAAUUUAUUCAAAAGUCGUUUUAAUAUGUAGUGCCCAUAGAUAUAUAACCUAGAAAUGAAGUAUUUCACACAAUAUUUGAUGAAUUAUCAGGAGUUGACUUUCGAAAUGCAAUUUCGUAUUUGAAUUGAGGAAAUUUACCUCAGUAUAAGACCUUCGAAGGCUUUUUUCACCUUACUUUCUAGUUCCGAUUUGGCAUCUAUAGGUUUUAUAUAUGUGGUAGU